GGCUGAAUGACUGAAUAAUGUAUCCGAGCUGGUAUUUUCAGGGGUUCUUUUUAUCUUUUAUUCUUUAUAUAUAUAUAUAUAUAUAUAUAUAUAUAUUUGCAUCUAUCACUAUGGCAGGCAAUCAAAGCGAGGGGGAAAAAAGGAAAUGAAAUGAGACCACCGCACACUAAUCCCAUGCCUGAUUGAUAAUCACUUCACUUCACAGCAGUGAUCAACAGUAUGUGGUCCAAUUCCCUUCUUGUUGAUGCAACUCUAGUUGUGCUGUAAUGCAAGUUGGUGUGGAGUCUUCGGGAUGAGGGGCAGCAGUCAAAGGGGUGUGAGAAUUUACAGCUAAUGCUGUCACUAAAAGGCGGGGCACAGUGAGUAAGUUAAUGCCGAUGUCUACCAGCUGCCUGACGGGAUUAUCCACGGGUAUCGCGUAUCAGGGCUAUUAUUAUAUACAAAACCGUCCGUUACAAGACAGACCUACACUAUAACUAGAAGCCGUAGACUUCAAUCCCAACACUUAAGACAUCUAUCUUUCUAGCUUCCUCCUCCCAUCACAUCCUGCCAUCCUAAAUACACAAGUAAACAUGGCCUCCCACCCGCCAGGCGCUUGCUGCACCCGCGGGUUCAAGCACAUGGGAAUAGCCUCGGGCGAGAUCAAGAAAAUUGGCGACAUCGACACAUACAUCUCCCACCCCCCUGCCUCCGCCACGACCACCAAGCUAGAAAAAGCCAUCAUUAUCUUCACCGACAUCCUAGGUCUAGCCGACAAUGUCAAACUCGUCGCGGACGACUUUGCCGCCCGCGGCUACCUGGUCGUGAUCCCGGACCUGUUCCACGGCAAUGCCCUGACCAUGAACCAGGUCAUGAGUGGCAUAGACAUCAUGGCCUGGCUGAAGGAUUAUACCACAGAGGCCGUCGACCCCAUUGCGGCUGCGACGAUUAAGUAUGUGCGGGAGACUUUGAGCAUCAAGAGGGUUGCGUCGGUGGGGUAUUGUUUUGGUGCGAAGUACGCUACUCGAUUCAUGAAAGAAGGCGGAGGGAUUGAUGUCGGAUACGUCGCGCAUCCAUCCUUCGUUGCGCCAGAAGAGUUGCGAGCUAUCAAGGGUCCAUAUGCCAUUUCCGCUGCCGAAACCGACACCAUCUUCCCAUCAAACCUCCGCCACGAGUCCGAGGAAAUCCUCUCAAGAGUUGGCUUCCCCUGGCAAAUCAACCUGUUCAGCGGCGUCCAGCACGGCUUCGCCGUCCGCGGUGACCUAAGUAAUAAAGAGGCCAAGUUCGCCAAGGAGCAGGCAUUUAUUCAGGCAGCUACGUGGUUUGAUGUGCAUUUGUGAGGGGGGAGGGGGAGGAAGAAAGAGAGAGAGAGAGAGAGAAAGAGAGAGAGAGAGAGAAAAAGAGAGAGAGAGAGAGAGCUAUGUGCGUCCCAGGCCCGGUAUAGAAACAAAAACGGGUGUUGUUAGUUCGGGAUUUACCGAUGAGAAUGCUUCUGUUAUAUACCAUUGCGUUAACCUGCAGAUAUUAUCGAAAUGACGGGUAGCUAGCUAUGUAGUAGCUCAGGGAAUUAAUUUCCAGACGCUACUCCCCUAUCCAAGUUCUAGUUAUAGGUCCUUCCAAUCCGUAAUCUAGUUCUCAGUUGGCUGUCCGAAGCUGGCUAGCGCCAUGUUAGGCGCUUGGGGUCCAGAUCGAGCUCGAAUCUAAUAAAACACUCAAAGUCUGUUGUAUUCUCAGACGAGCUGUUCCAAAUUUGCACAUAUGCAUAUAUAAUGUUGCCUUGUACCCUCAACGUCCACGGCGCUUUAGCCGCCCCUUCGGGGAACGAAGGUUAUGCCUCUCCUGAUAGUUAAGCGUGGCGUAAACAAGCUCACUAAGCC